GGCUGGAUCCUCCUCUUUCCUUGAGGGAGACGAUUGCUUCGACAAUCAUGUCUUUACGAGUUGAGAAAAAAACAAAAAAAGGCAAAAUGCAGUGUUAGUUUUGUGAUCCGUUUGUGUUUGUUUGCCCUUGGCGUUCGCCUGGCACCAGACGCCCGUCACAUACCUUUGUAGCUCAUUUUUGGGACGGCAAUUGCGGCAACCAUUUUCGUUAUUGGUUUGUUGUUGUUGUUUUUUGUUUGUAUUGGAUGGAUCCGGGGCUCAAACGUGUCAGAGAAGAAGAGCUGCAGGGACGAGGGAGAAGAACUUCCGUAGAGGCACGAAGAGGACAGGGGGUGAAGGGGAAGGAGAGAGGGCGGAAGGAAAACAAGAGAGAAGACGAAGAAGAAAACAAAAACGGAGACGCAAACGAAAACGAAAACGAAAACGCAAUUAAAAACAACAACAACCAGACAACCAACCGCAGAAACAAUAGAGGCAGAUGCGGAAACAAAAACAACACGCAAAAAGUCGCCAAACCGCAUCCCCCCCAGAAAACGCAGUGCCGCGAUUGAGGUCCUCCCAGCCGCCACCAAGUUUUGGGCCGAUCGACG